AUGAGUUUGGUGGAACAGUUGAUGUAUAGUAGCGAUCGAUGGACUGCUUUACAGUUCGCCUUCUAUAAUGCCCUAUUACUUUCAUUGACAGGAAUAUGCUUGGCAGGGCUUUAUGCUGUAUACAAAAUGAUGUAUAUGUUUUUAACACCGCUGUUGUGGGCUACACUAAUUGGAACGAUUCUUUUUCCACUCAAGAAAAAGUUUAACACUGCAAUUAAUGGUUGGAUAUCAAGAGUGGACAAUGACGAGACACCAGUGCUUUUAGCUGUUCUCCUCAUUCCGUAUGAUGCAUUCAUAAGUGUCACCGAUUUGUUCCUCAUUUAUUUGGCAAGACUCGAAGGAAUUAUGAUAUUGGGUGCUUAUUUGGUUUUGAAAGCGUUAAAUCACAUUACGUUUAUCGCUUUAUUACAUCUUCUUAGUGAUUUGUACCAAAAUACCGAUAACGUCAUUCUGUUUUGCACCAAAACUUGGGUCUCGGUUUUGAUGAUGCUUUACUUUGCUGCAUUUAUCGGUUGGCUUUAUGUGCAGGAUCAACAAUCAAUAAAUAAAAAAUUGGCGCGUUUAAUUUCUGUUCCUCUCUGGUUUUUCGGUAUAGCGAAGGUUUCCAGCUUUUUUGGUCCAUUCAGUGUUAUUGUUAUGAAUGCAAUCUCAGCAGCUCUUAUAACUAUAGCAGCUGGUAUUUUGACUUGGGGAGAAGUCGAAGCAGAUUCAGAAAAAGCCGAUGAUGUCGGUUUAAAAGAAGCUGUACAGGAAUCUGCAGAAAAUAACAAAGAAAAGACACUCGACCAAGAGCUAACGGGAGAUUUUUAUCUGCAGGCUAUUCUUGGACUUUGUGCUUUGGAAUUUGCUGUGCGACAUGACUUUGUACCAGUUUGCAUACUCUUUCUAGCUGUCUUCACUGUAUUAAGAAGAAUUGGUGCGAAGAUUAGUGUGCAGACUGGUCUUACAAAAAAGUGUUGCGAGAUUUGGAAACUAUUCCGCGAAAAUACGAAACAAUUCCUACAUGUUACUAUUGCAGGCUCACUUAGAAAUUAUUUCAAGUUCAUUUUUUCAAGUGAUAAAAUGAUGAAGAACUCAUUACGGCGAGCAGUGGAUGAUUUUUCAACUGUCCUAGUUAUGUUGUUGCUAAUUUUUGGAUCGCUGUUUAUUACCAUCCUAGUCGCUUUUCAAGUCCAUAGUGAAAUAGAUCAUCUGAUUCGACUUGGUGCCAAUUUGCUGGCACAGCAACCUGACUGGAUGUUAGAUUAUGCACGAAAUUAUACCGGAAAUCAACUGGAUAAAAAUGACAUUGAUAACUAUGUCGAACAGGGUUAUCUCAAAGGACGAGAAUGGUUGGCGACUAACGUCCGCUCAUUCGUUGGAACACAAGAUCCAGUUAAAGGUGAAUUGCUUGAAAAGGAAGUGGUUGAGUUAAUGGACAAGUUGUACAAAAUGUGGGAAGACCGUAAUGAAGCAAGUAUUUCAUCAUCUAGCAGUGCUACAAGAGAUUCGAUGAAUUAUCUAGAAGUUUUUACAAGCAUAAGCACACUAAGAGAGGAAGUGAUCGAACUUAUUAAAGCAAAUGUUGAUACGAUCAUGAGCGUUGCGCAGUCGAUCUGGUCCUUUGCCGCAGGCAAUAUAUCUACUUUCGGGACAAUUUUAUUCACAAUUAUUGCAAUUGUGAUAAACUUUGGACUUGAAAUUUUCAAUUUUUUCAUUGAAAUUACUGUUUUUCUGACAACCUUGUAUUAUCUAUUAGCAAGUAGCCAAGAUAUCUGGUUGCCGACAAAGUGGCUUAGUUAUGCGUUACCUCACUCUCGUGAUACAGUUGGUUCUGCCCAUUCAUAUAUCGUUCCAGCCAUUGAAAAAGCUAUAAG